UUUUCUUUUGAAGACGCUUCGGGUUGUCAACAAACUCAGAAGAAAACUCCCUGGAAUGUUGGAAAACAGGAGAAUGCUGGCGUCGAGAAUAGCUGAUUUAGAUUCAUGAAACCUUAGUGGAAUGAAUGAUAUAUCAAGUUCUUCUUUAGUAGAUUUUGUAUUGGAGAAAAUAAGCCGUUUUUAUUAGAGUUUUAGAGAUACAGUGACCGGCCAUGGAGCGUAAAUCGUACCUGAACAGCGCCCCCUGGUGUCUGUCGAGUCUCGUGAUGAUGGCAGUCAUGCUGCCCUCUGCCGUCGUUGGAAACGUUAUCGCAGUUACUCGCAAAAACGUCAGCUACACAUUCCCAUCCAUGCCUGCAAAUUUUGGCGACAGGCUUCCCAUGAAUGGGUUUAAGGGCAAGCUUGUUGUCGCUGUUCCCCUCGACGGCUGUUACACCUUGCAGCCGCCCCCGAAGGCCAACAUGACAAGCUACAACUUCUUUGCCCUGAUCAAACGCGACAAUUGCAACUUUGAUCUCAAGGUCUGGAAUGCGCAGAAGGUUGGUUACGCUGGUGCUAUAGUUUUUAAUUCCGAUGAUGACGAUUCAGUGCUGCCCAUGAACGGAGACCAGUACGGACAGGACAUUUACAUUCCCUCCGUGUUUGUCGGGGCGUCGUCGGGGAAAACACUCAAAACAAUGAACUACUCAACAGGGGCCAAAGUGACUCUAACCCCUACCCUCAGCUUCCCUGUCAGCUAUUUCCUCUUUCCGUUUGUCAUUGUUACCUCCACGUGCCUCGUCUUCUUUGCUAUUUACAUGGUUGCCAAGUAUGUCAGGGACAGGAGGCGAUUGAAGCGUUCCCGGCUGUCCCGCACAAACCUGAAAAAGAUUCCAGUUAAGAAGUUUGUUAAAGGCGAUGACUAUGACGUCUGUGCCAUCUGUCUGGAUGACUAUGAGGAGGGGGACAAGCUGCGUAUCCUGCCAUGCAAUCACGCGUUCCACUGCAAGUGCGUCGACCCCUGGCUGACCAACAACCGCCGCACGUGCCCAGUCUGCAAGCGCAAGGUGGUCCCGACGGGGGAAGCCGACUCGGACGAGAGUGAGUCGGAAGAUGACGACAGCACUGCAAGCCCCACCGAGCACACCCCACUCCUGGCUGGCGGUGGUGGCUCCGCCCGCCAAGGGAGCACCGCGGCCUCCUCCCCGGAGGUCGACGGGGCGUGGGGAGGGGAAGACCGCUCCUCUCCGGUCCACCUCGUCGACGCCUCAACUGCGAUGACCGAAAACGACAGCGACGAUGAAAGCGACAAUGCGAUCCAGGGAAACCUGCUGUCGCGCUCCCCUAUCAACGAUUUGGCGCACAGCGUCGAUAUCGUCACGCCGACGCUACACGCUGUGCCCGAUGACCUGCCGGACACCACCCCUGAUCACGAAUCGGUCGACGACACGCUCCCCACCGUCGUAAUCGUCGACGAGAAUACCGAGCCUCUGCCCACUCAAGACAACACAGAUAACGAGGUUUGAACUUUGACACCCAGGUGUCAUGGUGUGUAUAUCUGAAUGGUGAUCUUCUGCCCGCUCAGGACAAUACAAUGAAUGAGGUUUGAACUUUGAACUUUGACACGGAGGUGUCAUAGUGUGUAUAUACAAAUUUAUACACAUCUCUGCUGUUGAAUUUUAAUCACUUGCUACCAUUGAACUUUUUGUAGUGUAAUUGAUGUUGGAUCUUUGAUUCACUCACUCGCUGUUAGUUGUCGCAUUGCAAGAAUGCGCAUCUUCAGACUGGAGUUGGAGACCACACAAAUAUUAACCCUUGACCUUCAGUGCACACAUUGCUGAUAAUUUAAACAUCUUGAGUAGUGAUUAGCCUCCUUCAAAUCUGCAUUUUAUAGAUCUAACAGAUGUCCCCUGCAAAGUUUGCCAUGCAUGUUAGUGCCAUUUUGCUGUUCUGUUCGAUGAUUUUUCGGAGAUCACUUUAUUUUUAAGUAAAGUUUCUGGAAACGUUGGCAGUUAUUAAGCUUCUCUGUAUAACAUACAUGUACAAAAGGUGUCAGUAAGAGUUGUAGUUUAGUUGUGACGGGUCACUAC